CUCUCUCCAUCCAUUUUACUCCCUAAUCUUGUUAAAUAUUUCCAUGCGGAAUCACGCGUUCAUUAGUUUGUGUCAGUCUGAGAAUCAUGCGAUUGGCUUUCGCUAUGAGAAAGGAGGAGUUAGAGAGGCGGUGGACCCUUUUAAGAACACACUGUCAGUUUGUAUGCCUGAGAGCUCAGCUGGAUAGGCUUCAGUUCACACAUUAGGAUUGCCUGGAGCCUACUUGGACGUCCAAAUGGUAGAGGAUUUUCUCGCAUGCGAUCCAGCACCAAGGAGCUGUAUUCGGACUCAGACUAGGAUUCUCAUCACCUGGAUAUACCAUACAUGGGCUAUGUGCAUCACCAAAAGAAAGUUGGAUAAACCUGUGAAGCUAAACAGUUACUUGAGAAAGAGACGAUUUCACAUGGAUGAUUCUCCACUGUGAGCAUCUGGGUUCUUCACUCUGUGUUUAAGUUCGUUCUGGAGACCUCGGUUUGUGGGAAAACUUCAGUCCAAUUUCAGGGUUGCGACAUAAACGUGAGCUAAACUACCUUCACCACACACAUUCUGUGCUCUUUUUACCUGAGGUCACAUCCCAAUUGAAUAGGAUAUGAUGUAUAUAGAAUAACUAGUUAAUUCUGUUACACUACAGAGACCACAAAGAAAAUAUUUUAAGGCGUUUUCUUUCCCCCUCAUUCAGCCAAACUUUGCGCUGCGGUGAAGGUCAAGUGUCCUUAUUGUUCCCGGCGCGGACCCACUGUGUAGCAGUAGCCUACUACAGCAGAGAGCAGCAGACAACACGCGACAACAUAACCUUCAUCAUGCACCACCACAUGGAGCUGAGCACCCUCACCAUGUACAGCCAGAACAUCACCACCAACAACACCAGCACCAGGGAGCAGAACUCUACUAGCUGCUCGCUCCGCAUCCCACAGGAGCUGUUCCUGACGCUGGGCCUCAUUAGUCUGGUGGAGAACAUCUUAGUGGUGCUGGCCAUCAUCAAGAACCGCAACCUGCACUCGCCCAUGUACUACUUCAUAUGCUGCCUGGCCGUCUCCGACAUGCUGGUCAGCGUCGCCAACGUGGUGGAGACCAUAGUCAUGUUGCUCACCGAACACGGGCUGCUAGUGGUCACACCGGAAAUGCUGCGGCACCUGGACAACGUCAUCGACAUCAUGAACUGCAGCUCCGUGGUGUCGUCUCUGUCCUUCCUGUGCACCAUCGCCGCGGAUCGAUACAUCACCAUCUUUUACGCGCUGCGUUACCACAGCAUCAUGACCACGCAGCGCGCAGUGACCAUCAUCGCGAUGGUGUGGCUGACCAGCAUCACCGCCAGCAUACUUUUCAUCGUCUACCACUCGCACACCGCCGUCAUUGUGUGCCUCGUCACCUUCUUCUGCAUCACCCUUGUCUUCACCGCUGUGCUCUACAUGCACAUGUUCAUCCUGGCACACGUACACUCGCGGCGCAUCAUGGCCAUCUACAAGUCUCGCCGCCAGGGCACGAGCAUGAAGGGCGCCAUCACGCUCACCAUCCUGCUCGGGGUCUUCAUCCUCUGCUGGGGACCCUUCUUCCUCCACCUCAUUCUCAUCCUAACCUGCCCCACUAGCCCCUUCUGCACCUGCUUCUUCAGCUACUUCAACCUCUACCUCAUCCUCAUCAUCUGUAACUCACUCAUCGACCCGCUCAUCUACGCCUAUAGGAGCCAGGAGCUGCGCAAGACACUCAAGGAGCUGCUCUUCUGCUCCUGCGUCACCUUUCGAUGCGACGCCAUACUUGAGUUUCUAUUUCCAUGGAAGUUCACGUGACUGCAGGAUUUGUUCAGGAAGAACAGAAUAUAUGAUAUUUGGGGCAGUGUGCCUGCCAUUGCUGUUGAAUUAACUGAAAUACAUAGUUAAUCAACUAUGAGACCUCAGGUUGGAUUGCGCACAACGGCACAGUGCCACGUAUGGGACCUUUUACCAACCCCUGGCCUCUCCCAUGUUGCAGGCCAAGCCAUGCAUAUAUGCCAUACUUGCGUGGGGAACAAAGACUUGAGCCAUAAUCUAAAGGAUCUAUAUCUAAUUAUACACAGCAAAUGUGUGAUCUGAAUUGUAACACCCACAGUGUUAAAUGUAUCACUUUCUUAGAAAUCAUAUGUAACCAUCUUAAAUAGCCUAGUGUUAAACUUACACUUUUCAAAGUGUUGAUAAACCAACACCCCAAAAGUGUUGGGUCCCUAGCACAAUGAGUGUUGGAAAUUCCGACUUAAAUUAACACUUUAUAAGAGCUAAGGCUGUUAAACUUUCUCAGUGUUAGCGAAUUAACACCUGUGGUGUUACUGUAACUCGUUUUGGGGUGUUGUUUUAACACUUUAGGGUGUAAAGACAUUUUUGCAUAUUUAUUUCCCAGGGUGAAUUUUUUGCUGAGUGUUUGUUAGUGACAGAGAAAUGAUUGUUGAAUUCGAUGGCUUUCAGUCUUGUAGCCUUCACCAAGUGAGUGACUAAGUGAAUAUUUUAUCAUAAAAAUGUAAUUAUUUAUGUCAAUACAUAUAGAUUACUUUUUUUGAAAUUAUAUUGAACCAAAGUGGAAUAGACAUUGAAUUGAAGUCUGUGCCCAGUACAGGCCACAUUAGGAAGUCACAUUAUGCUGGCUUUCAAAGUGUUAUUUCAUUCCUAUUGGAAUCUAGCCAGAGUUAGGAUAUCCAACAAUUUGAACAAACUAUUCUAAAAAGCAACCUGCAACAAAGCAUGCUGGGAAAUAUGAUAAUGAGGCCCCUCCCAUGUCUUUAUCACUCUGAAAGAGUUCACGGAAAUUAACUCAACACAGCUGAGUAACAACACCACACUGUGUUGAUUCCACUCUGAUUCAAGUAACUUCAUUUAUUCACUGCAGGUGGUUUCAAUUUCAAUCCCACUGGUGUUAACCCCACUAGAAUCAACACUCAGAUAUAACACUCACAACACUUUUUACCUCAACACUGAGAUUUUAACACCCGCAAAUUUGCUGUGUAGUUAUCAUCUCCAUCCAACAGCAACUGACAUAACUUUUUCAAGGAUGCCAAUAUAUGUAAAAGCUGCGGGUCCAGUUUUCUCAGGCACCAAGCAACUUUGGUUUAACAGUACAUUACUGUAAACUUUACAAUAAUGUACUACAGGAAUGUACUGUUAAACCAAAGUUGCUUUGGAAUUUACGGUAACAUACUGUACAUUUUGUACAGUAAUUUACAGGUAACUGGCUGCCAAUAAGUUAGCAUGAAAACAACAUGAUUAUUUACAGUGUACUAUGUGGGACAAAUAUUAAUUUGUGCUUUAAUCUUAUAGCCGACACUGGAAAUAGACUUUAAAUUAGACAUAGCAAGUGUUCUGUUUAAAAUAGCAAAGAAUUUCCCAGAAUGUUGUUGGGAAGAGGAUGUUGUUUGAAAGAGGCUAUUGUUGAAGAAAAGGCUGCAUGGGCCUACUGAUAUACACUAGCCCUGAUGCUUUGAAUGGAGUCAAAGAAAGAUGCAUAAAAAUGAGAGCCGUGAAGUUGAGUUUUGUACAAUAAAACAAUUAUGUAAUGUUUUAAUUAAAUAAAAUGAGUGCAUUGUGAAAUCCAAUAAUAGCCUAAUUGGUCCAUAUAGAGAGUUUCAUUUUUAUUUGUUCACUCAUUAUUCAUUUACAUCCAACUUCCAAGUAUGUGCAAAGAAGUUUCACAGUAUGAUUUAGCCUACUUAGGCCUCUGAUGAAAAUGGCCUAUAAAUUGAAAUAAUUAUUUUGAAAUAAAACUUUUUACAUGAAAUCCAAUCUUAAAACAGAUCAGACAUUUUAAGAUUAUCCUCACCAUUUUAAUGCAAAUAGUAAUGUAUGCAUAGACGAAAACAAAAUGUUUAUUUCAAUGUAUAUUUCACAAGUAGCCCAUGUAAUGUAGCCUAGCCAUGUUUUUUUAUUGUGUUAUGGAUGUACUGAAUACUUUGAAUGUUUGACAUAUUUAUAACAUUUUCAAAAGCCUCAAGAUUGUAUCAAUAUUCAUCCCUUUAAAAAAUACAUGCUAUUUUAUGGUUGUGUGACAGAACCAAGGCUCAAACUUAUCUCAUUGUAAAUGUGUACAUUUGAUUACUUUUUACUGUAUUUCAACAUAUGGUCUUGCUAUGAUCAAAUUGUACUAAU